AUGGAGUGCCACAAGGACCAGAUCAUGAAUCCUCCCUCAUCAAACAACCCAUCCGAUCAUCAUCAUCACCAGACCUCAUCACCAAUCUUCCAUAACGAUCAGAACAGAAGCCGCCGAAGAAACCAUGAUGGGGUCAAAAGAUAUCUCGGAGUUCGACAAAGGGCGUCCGGCAGAUGGGUUGCAGAGAUCAAAGACUCGUCGUUAAAGCUCCGGCUAUGGCUUGGCACCUUCGACAGACCAGAAGAAGCCGCCUUGGCAUACGACGUCGCCGCCAGAAUCCUCCGAGGUCGAAACGCCAAGACCAACUUUCAUGGCGGCGCCGGCGUUGACAACGCUACACAUGUGUUCUGCAGCCGGUUUGUCAGGAACCCUAGGGUCCAUCAGCUUCUUCUUCGACAUGCAAGAUCAUCGUCGUUAGGAACAACUCCUGUUAGUAUUGAUGAUAGGGGAGUGGAGAUGGGAAACCGAGUUGACUCGGCGGAUAAGACUGAGAGCAUUGUUGAAGAGACGAUAUUUUGUUCUUCGUUUUCUGGAUCGGAUCAUGAUGAUGGUGAACGUGGUUGCUGGAAUUACAGUAAGUUUUCUGGAAGUUGCAAGGUUUAUUCAUCUGUUAUUGUAGCUCCUUCUUUUAGUGAUCCUAGUUGUUCUUCUUCAAUCACUGGAAGAGAAAAGGAAGAAGAUGGUUAA